UUUCCCGUGACGCCGACGCCGGACUGUGACCUGAAGCGCGGCACCCGCAUUGUUUUGCACCUGAAGGAGGACCAGCAGGAGUACCUGGAGGAGCGCCGUCUGAAGGAUCUCAUCAAGAAGCACUCGGAGUUCAUCGGUUAUGACAUUGAGCUGAUGGUGGAGAAGGCGACGGAGAAGGAGGUGACCGACGAGGAUGAGGACGAGGCGGCUGCGGCGAAGAAUGAGGAGGGUGAGGAGCCGAAGGUGGAGGAGGUGAAGGACGACGCGGAGGAGGGGGAGAAGAAGAAGAAGACGAAGAAGGUCAAGGAGGUGACGCAGGAGUUUGUGGUGCAGAACAAGCACAAGCCUCUCUGGACGCGCGACCCGAAGGAUGUGACGAAGGAGGAGUACGCCGCCUUCUACAAGGCCAUCUCGAACGACUGGGAGGAGCCGCUGUCGACGAAGCACUUCUCUGUGGAGGGCCAGCUGGAGUUCCGCGCAAUUCUGUUCGUGCCGAAGCGCGCGCCAUUUGACAUGUUUGAGCCCAGCAAGAAGCGCAACAACAUCAAGCUGUACGUGCGCCGCGUGUUCAUCAUGGACAACUGCGAGGACCUGUGCCCCGAGUGGCUUGCUUUCGUGCGCGGUGUGGUGGACAGCGAGGACCUGCCGCUGAACAUUUCGCGUGAGAACCUGCAGCAGAAUAAGAUUCUUAAGGUGAUCCGGAAGAACAUUGUGAAGAAGGCGCUGGAGCUCUUUGAGGAGAUUGCCGAGAACAAGGAAGACUACAAGAAGUUCUAUGAGCAGUUUGGCAAGAACGUCAAGCUUGGCAUCCACGAGGACAGCGCGAACCGCAAGAAGCUGAUGGAGCUGCUGCGCUUCCACAGCUCGGAGUCCGGGGAGGACAUGACGACCUUGAAGGACUACGUCACCCGCAUGAAGGAGGGCCAGAAGUGCAUCUACUACGUGACGGGCGACAGCAAGAAGAAGCUGGAGACCUCGCCGUUCAUUGAGCAGGCGAGGCGCCGCGGCUUUGAGGUGCUGUUCAUGACGGAACCGAUCGAUGAGUACGUGAUGCAGCAGGUGAAGGACUUUGAGGACAAGAAGUUCGCGUGCCUGACGAAGGAGGGCGUGCACUUUGAGGAGACGGAGGAAGAGAAGAAGCAGCGGGAGGAGGAGAAGACGGCGUACGAGCGUCUCUGCAAGGCGAUGAAGGAUGUGCUUGGCGACAAGGUGGAGAAGGUGGUGGUGUCGGAGCGCCUGGCGACGUCGCCGUGCAUUCUUGUGACGUCGGAGUUCGGGUGGAGCGCACACAUGGAGCAGAUCAUGCGCAACCAGGCGCUGCGCGACUCGAGCAUGUCUGCGUACAUGAUGUCCAAGAAGACGAUGGAGAUCAACCCGGCGCACCCCAUUGUGAAGGAGCUCAAACGCCGCGUGGAGGCGGACGAGAACGACAAGGCCGUGAAGGACCUUGUGUACCUGCUCUUUGACACCGCGCUGCUGACGUCUGGUUUCACGCUGGACGAUCCCACGUCGUACGCCGAACGCAUCCACCGCAUGAUCAAGCUUGGCCUCUCGCUGGACGACGAAGACAACGGCAAUGAGGAAGCGGAGCCCGCUGCCGCCGUUCCCGCUGAGCCCGUUGCUGGCACAUCGAGCAUGGAGCAGGUUGACUAG